CACUUGCUUGACAGUAAUUUUCACGUGUUGUGUUUUCAUCAAAAAUGCAUGUUUAAAUUGAUUUUUUUGCGUAAUUUGUUUAAUAUUUAAUCCCAAAAUGACGUUAACACAAGACCAAGAAAUUGAUUUAUUCGUUGCCACAAAAAUCGGUUCAUUCAAGCACAUAAAGUAUCACUCAGAUGCUACAAAAAACAGUAAGAAGUGCAUAGAAAACCUCGUGGACAUCAAAACUCUUCAGAAGGAUGACGGCAUCACUUGCAUGGCGUGGGGGAAUGCUGAACAGACAGAAAUAUUAGUGGCUAAGCAGAAUCAACAGAUACAAGUAUACAACACACAAGAUGGCUUCACGAAGACUUACACCGCAGACUUCGGCACCGGACACGUUGUGGGCCUCGGACGGUACAAGCGGAAGCUCCUGGCCGCAGUAUCUGGAGGCGUCGUCAAGCUGUGGAGCAAGAAACAGGAGCAGGUCAUACAAGUCGGCAAGAUUGAUAAGAUGAGGAUGUGUCCUGAUGAUAAUACGUUGUUUGCUACAGGAGGCGAAGAAAACGACCUCAAAGUGUACCGACUAGGUGAGGCUGAGCCCACAUUCUGUGCCAAGAACCUGCCUCAUGACUGGUUACAACUCCGGAGGCCUGUGUGGGUGUCUGACCUGACAUUCCUGCCCAAUGAGGGCGGAAAUAUACUCGCCGUGUGCUCCAGGCAUGGAUACGUCAGGUUAUACGACACUCGCGCGCAACGAAGGCCGGUGUGUAACGUGGAAUUCACAAUGGCCGCUACUUGCAUGGCGCCCAGUUUUGACGAAAGGCAAGUCCUAGUGGGCUUCGGUCGCGGUCAACUGCACCAAGUGGACCUACGAAAGGGCAAACCUGAUAAAGGCUUUAAAGGAAGCGCGGGCGCCAUCACUGAUAUAACCACAGUAGCUGAUGGAAGACUCAUCGUUAGUACCAGUCUGGACAGGCAGCUUAGAGUGCAUCAGUAUGAAAGCAAGGAAUUAGUGUACAAGCAAUACCUAACCUCCAAGCUGACCUGCGUCCUAGCCCAGACUGAGACCACCACACCGCUCCGCUCCGUCAGAAGCGGAGCGGAGAACACUGAAGCGGAGGCGGUCGCGGUGGCGGUGGAAGACGAUAUGGACGAGUUGUUCGACAAUAUGGAGACUGUCAGUGAGAAGCCCCGCAAGACAUCAGAACCUGAACCUGAAGCGAAGCGAGCGAAGCCUUCCGAAGACGACGACGCCAUAUUCCAACUCCUGCGCAGCACGGAGAAGCAGAAGCGGAAGCGGGAUAAGAAGAAGAAAGAGAAGAAAGCUAAAAGCGUGUUCCAUAAUGCGUAGAAUAAAUCGAUAUAAAGUA